GUUUUGGAGAAGGUGGAGCGGUGGAGCCAAUCCACUCGAUCGCUUUCGUAACCGGUCAGAUUUGUGCGAAGCGGAGGCUUGAGCUCUAAUGCUGUAAGAAGUUAUUAUCGCAAGCUUUAACAGAACCUCACCCCGAGAGUGAGAAAAGCUUCUUAAGUUUUCACAGCACAAUUGCCGUUCCUUCUUUUCAAAUCCGAAGCUCUUCUAGGGUUUUCGAUACUCUCUUCCAAUUUGGAAUUUUGAUUUCGAAUAUGGAAGCUGUGGCUUCAGUGAUGGAUAAAUUGAAAGGAUUCGCCAAAUCUAGCUGCGACUUCGUUGUCGGCCUUGCUCAUCCCCGCGACAAAUCGUAUAGCCGGAAUCCGAUUGAAAUCCUUAAGCGGUUGCAACGGGAGGCAUUUUCAGAUCUGAUGAAACUCAGGGACAGACAAGAUAAAGUUGAGCGAGUGCUUUCCUUUUAUAAAACAUCUAAGGGAAGCCCUUUUCAGGAGGCCAGUACAAUUGUUAGGGGCAAGGUCGAUGUCCUGGGAGCUAUACUGUUAAUGGGUGAUCCUGAUCAGCAGUGUACUGAUGCACUUGAUAGAGCAGGUAUCAGAACUGGGAUUGGUACAAGGUUUGCUUUUGAAACAAGCCUUCGGGCGAAAGAUACUCUCUUGGCAGAGUUUGCAGCAAGUCAACAAGACGCAGAAUUUACUGGUCAUAGGUCAGGAGGAGCACUUUCUCUAGCAAAAGUAUCAUAUAGGGCAAACGUCAAUGACUGGCUUACUGCAAUUGCAAUUCCAAUAGGUGCUCAAUGCAGAGACUUUUCAAGUUCUACCACCCAUCAGGAAAAGGGCCUGACUGAUCUGUCAUCUAUUGGACCGCCGCUUUUGAAUCAGCAAAAUGGUUGUGCAUUUGGUUUGACAGUGAAAAGUUCAAAUGUCAUUGCUUCAUUGGCCCAGUCUGUUUCUGGACCGGGGAUGCAAACUGAUUUUGAUGAAAUUGGGCAUCAUUUUGGCACUUUUGGGCAACUUGCGUGUCCACUUCCUAGAAGAAUAAGGCUCUCUCUUAUGGGUCUUCUGCAAGUGCCUAAAUUAUCGAGAUGUUGUGUCAAGUUUGGAGCCCUCACUAUACCCAUGGGCUUUCUGAAACGCAGUAAAGCUCCAGAGUCAUUGUUUGAAGCAUCUGCGCCACCAGAAGAAACAAUCAGCCGGGAAAUUGUAUCCACUGGCUCCGUUGCUCUGAGAUUGGAGUCAGAAUUUGAUGAAAAUACAAGAAUUGAGGGUUGGAUUGAGAUGAAAGAUUCAAAUCCCAAAAAUUUACAGUGGGCUGUCACCAUGACUGAUGAUUCAGAAGAUGAAUUCGGAUGGGGGAUGAGUUUCAGCGGGAUGUUGGAGGGUCCUAAAAACUGGGAACAUUUACAAAUUGAAUCCUACGUAAAAUUGAACUUAGGUAAGAAAUUUUGCUUGAAACCAGGCGUUGUAUAUGCAACAGAUAGGGACACCCGAAUGCUUGCCCUCAUGCUUCGGUCCAACUUGUCCUUCUAAUUGCUGUCUAGCCAUCUUCUCUUCUACCUUCUGGUAGGUCCGAUAUUUUUUCUGGAGAGGGUCUUCUCUUUAAAUUAUAUUUGCUUUGUUAGAUUUGAAGGAAAUGAUUUGUGAUAGUGUUGUUUGUCGAGUCAUUUUUGGAUCAUAUAUUUCGACCAUGCUGAUGUGCUAGUUGAUUAUAAGCAUCUACAGUGGUAGAAUUAUAGCAAUGGAGAUGUUAUUGGUUAUUCAUCAACGAAUUCUAUAAUCCUACUGUGUGA